AUGGCAGUGAUAUGGGGUCUUAACCUACACGACAUACAAUGGUACAAAUUCAAGAGCAGUUACAUGUUUGGCAAUACGGAUUUCCACAUGCGCAGAACCAAAUUCAUCAUAUAUCAGUGUGCCAUGAUUUUCCUGAUCGUUAGCGAAUCUCUAGGCACGAGUGUUUUGUCAGAUUAUGUUGACCAGCAAAACGCAUUGGAAAGGCAGUUUCCCAACAUCGAUGUAUGGAACAACGAUUAUGUCGGCAUAGCAUCCUACAACAUAUUCGUCGGAGUCUUUGCUGCGAUCGUGUUCGGUGCGGCUUUCUUCUUCGACUUGUUCUUUCCCGAUCGAUACGAGCCUCGCUGGGUGCAGAAUAUGUGGGUCGGUGGUGCUGUCUUCUCGAGCGUUGCUGGACUGGGGGAUGCUUUGGCAUAUACUGUGAUAUUAGCCUUGCACGGUGAGAAGAUUGGGAAUAUCGACCUUGACGAUCCUACACUGAGAGUGCUCUUGGCCCAGGAGAGCGGUAAGACUCCGAUGCUUUACAAAAACAGUGGUCGUGCUGUGGCUUCCGUUGCCUUUCUCUGGGUUGGUUGGGCAUGUACCAUCGCUUCCACGGUUGUGAUGAUUAUGUUCUAUCGUUACUACCGCAAUCAUGGGACAGCUAAGUCGAAACAUGCAAGAAAUAGUACCGACUUCACUUCCAGCAAAGGCAGUAUCGAUGCGACAGAGAAGCUACAAUCGCGGCCUCCGUUAGGACCUCAAGUAUCUGGGGAGGUGGCCUAA